AUGAGAAUUCUGUGCCACGCUGCCCAAUCACUCCGGAACGAGCGUGGAAAUCACGCGACAAAGAAACCAGCGAAGGCAUCGGUAAAUUUGUUCGAAAAAGAUGGUGCGGGCUAUUUGGUGGUGCACACGGAAAAGUCGAAAUCGGGAAAGGGCGAAAAAUUUGCGCUCAAAGCGAAUCUCAACAGAUGUUUAGCGAAAUUCGUUCAUGAGGGAAAGCUGACGAUUGAAUUUAAAGAGCCUUCAGUGAACAUUAUGAUUUCCAAAGCCGAUCCAGGGCAGUUGAAAAAGCUCCUGUCCGCGAUGAAAACUUCGUUUGAAGGAAAAUCACUGGUCGGAGUCGGAGUCCUCGCUUCAGCAACAAACAAGCCUAUCAAAAUUGGAAAAACGACCAAGAUCAACAUCCUCUCCCGCGACGAUUACAAAACCAAGCUUUCUAAAAAAGCCGGAAUCCCUGCAGAACUAGAAGAAUUUCGCUGUCACGGACUGGGAAUGAAGCAAAUCGACCUGCGUCUUUUUAAACUCCGUCAUUUGACGGUUCUCGACAUGACAAGGAAUAAUCUAUCAACGCUGAAUCCGAAACUCUUUCAACUUCGUCUCAAGGCGCUUAUUUUAUCAGACAACAAGUUGGACGAGCGAGCUUUUCGACCGCUGAAAUCUUCUCCCAUCGCCGAUUCUCUUCAAAAACUUGAUCUUUCGUCAAAUCAACUCACUUCUCUCCCUUCUUUAUGCACUCUUCCGAAGCUUUCAAGCCUCAUCAUCGACAAGAAUCAAAUCAGACGUCUUCCAGCUCGACUCCCCAACUCCCUUACGAUCUUAUCGGCGAAAGAGAAUAAAAUUUUCUUCACUGAGUUUGCGAGAUUUCAUCGUUUUCAAAGCCUAGAUUUGUCGGACAACCCUUUUUCAAUGCUGCACAAAUUCAAGGUGGAUACAAGCAAGAUUCCAGUUGCGAAGACAUUAGCGCAGGUCGCCGCUGCUAAGAUUCUCAAGCACAAGCUCCCUAUCAACCCUCAAAAAGUCCCCACUCGCCUAAAUUCUCUUCUGGAAUCAAUUCGCUUUUGCCCCUGCGGCGAACCCCUUUCCGACCGAAAGUUCAUGUUCCUUUCCGGCUACGAUGUCCGUCGAUACACCUCAAAUACGGAUGCAGUGGCGCCAAUGCCAAACAACUUCGUGAUUCCUCAACUAGAGUUUUGUUGCUCAAGUGGCUGCUUUGCCAAGUUUUCUACAACGCUUCAAUUCGAAGAAGACCCGCCAGAACCUGGCUCGGAUGAAGAUGGGAUGCAAGUUGACUGA